AUGGAUAAAAGAUUAUAUUUAUUAGUGUUUAAUAACACAAUAUUGAAUAAAAUAAUAUUUAAUCAAGUUAAAAAUUUAUGUAGUUUGAAAAAUGUAAUGAGUUACAAAUGGAGUGAAGUCUGUCAGACACCUUUGGUAUUGGCAGCACACAACUACUUUGACCAACUUAAAAUGUGUUUGUCUAAUAGAAGAUUCAUCAGUGAUCUAUUAACUAUUGGAAUGGCAAUCAGAUUUGGUGAACUUGAUAUGCUCAUAUAUCUGAUCGAUCAAUUCAAAGUUGAUAUAAACUCUUUUAAUGACAACUGGUCUAGAGAUAUUGACACUUUACAAGUUGGUAAGGAUAUCAACGAUUUGCAUCCAGAACCUUUAGAUACAAUCAAUAGUAUAUUAUGUUAUGCAUCGCAAUAUGGACGAAUGGAUAUUGUUGAAUAUCUCACAUCAAGAUACACUCGAUACCAGUGGAAUUACUACCGUGCAAUGGUGAAAUCACCACUCUCUGGCAGUAUGGAGAUGUUGAAAUACUUUACCGAGAAACAAAACAAAGUCGACGAUAAUAAGUUCAAUGAUAUCAAAGUAACAGUAUUUGACAGUGCUGCAUACAUUGGUAGAAUAGAUAUGGUUGAAUAUCUUUUACAAGAAAGACAACAAGAUUUAGGUGCCAGUAAGAUGAUAGAGUUUGCAAUCAAAGGUAAACAAACAACAAUGGUCGAAUAUCUAUUAAGAGAACAUAGAAGCUUGUCAAACAACAUUGAACAUAUAUUGUUAAACAUUGCUGCAGAUUUCCAUUGUGGAGAAAUCGUUAAAAUUCUUUUUAGUUUCAAUAUUAGCCAGAGUGAAACACCACUUAUGAAUAGGUUCGCCAUUCACGGAAACUUGGAGAUGUUAAAAUGGCUUAAUGAGAAUAGCACGAAUAAAGGUUCAAACUGGUCAAUGAAUAAUGCAGCAUAUUACGGUCAUUUCAAUUGUAUAAAGUGGUUGCAUGAAAACACCUAUGGGUGUACCUUUCAUGCAAUGAACUAUGCAGCUGGUUCCGGUGAUUUAGAAUGUGUUAAGUUCCUGCAUUUCAAUAGAACUGAAGGAUGUAAUAGAGAAGCAAUGGAUCAAGCAGCUAGAGGUGGUCAUUUUUCAAUUUUGAAAUGGCUGCAUGAGAAUCGUACUGAAGGAUUCUCUUUUGACGCAUUCUAUAACAUCAUUGAAUAUGGUGACCAACUUGAAAUAUUCGAAUGGUUAUACGAUCAUCGAGAAAUUAACUCUGAUGAUUUCCAAUUCUUUAUAGAGAGAGUUGUGGAAUAUGGAAGAAUUGAAAUCUUCAAAUUUCUUCUUUCUAAAAAUAGAGAGUAUAAUGCAACUCAUUUCAUUUAUAAUGCUAUUGCCAAUAGUAAUCUGGAGAUGGUGAAAUACAUCUAUGAAAAUGGAAUCGAUGAUAAUCUUGAUAAAGAUUUAUUUGGAUUGGCAGUCGAUAAUAAUGAUGAUGACAUUCUCAAAUACAUACUCGAGAAAAUCGAUGGGACCAUUAGUUUGGACAUUGACCAAGCAAUCAUCUCUUCUAUUUCACGACAUCAAUUGGGUAGAGUAAAGUUUUUAUUUGGAUAUAUAUAUAAUUGUUUGGAAUUGAUGAACACUACAAAUACAAAUAUCAAUUUAAACUUUAUUGAAAUAGCAGCACAACACGAUAAUAUGGUUGCAUUACUUUGGUUGUAUGACAAUGCUUCAGAUUAUGGAUCGAUUACUUUAGAUUCGCUAAAAUCAUCGAUAACGAACGCCAACAUUUCAAUGGUGAAAUGGAUGAUCGAUCAUAUCGAUUCAGAUCUUUUAAAAUCUAUCGACAACCAAUUCGAUUUCAAUGAAUAUUCAGAUGAACUUUUCAAACGUAAUCAUUUCGAAAUCGUUGAACUGGUUCUUCAAACAUUCAAAGAAGAAUCAACCAAAAGUAAACUUCAAUCAUAUAAACAACAAUUAGAAUCAACAUAUUCAAAUUCUAUCGAAACAAUCGAAAUUAUUAAUAAAUUAUUAUCACAAUAUACUUUAUAA